AUGACUAGCCCUGUCCAAAUUUGUUCAGCCCUGGUCACGUUGAGGCGCCAUCUGGAGUGCGGUGGCCGCAACUGUCGACCGCGACAGGACACGGAUGCGGAUGGCACGGAUGCGGAUGCGGAUGUGGACACGGACGCGAGCGCGGCACCGCGACCAAUAGAUUUGGCCAAGCCCAAGCGAACUGAAGACAACGAGAGUUGCAGCCCGCCAAAGGCAAAACCCGGACCACAUGCAACAAUCGCAGUUACUGCGACGCCAACAGCGACGCCGGCUGCGACUGCGACUGCGGCAGAGGCAGGGGCAGCGACUGGAAAAAGGAAAACAGGCAGAGCGGAAGCGAGCUCCUCCGGCGACUUAUGGCCAUGUUUGUUGUACGGGUAA